GCCAAAUUUCGCAGGACUCAAUUUUCCUUAUGUGGACUAGUGUGGGUUCCAGAUAAUAGACGCGAACGAGAGACUACUUUGUAUGAACGCAUACUACAGUGAUAACAGCGUAGCAAGGUUCUCUAGAGCAUCUUCUAAGCAUAUUAUUCGUUUAAUUUAUGGUUUCAUCACCCGUCGGAACGUUGACUUUUCAAAUUGUACAAAUUUGUGGCCCAUCACCACGACUCCAUGACCACGGGUCCUCUGUUCUUUGCCAGAUUAACAUUUUGGAAUUGUUUUGCCUUCCUUCGCAACUAGUUGCCAGGCCAGAAAGCUGCCAUAUAUUGCCAUAGGUUAGUUUGAAUGCGGAUGGCGUCCCGAAGAGGAAGCGUACUUAGAAGGUACCACAUAGUAAACACGAGCUCGGACUAAAUUGCAACUGCAGCUGCAGGACAUUUGGCGGUGCGACCAGCGGCCUUGCGUCAAUCCCAGUCUCGAUAUUCGUUUGCAUAAUACAUGCGUUGCCGGUGUAGUUGCAUCCGUGCAUCUCGAACAAAACAUGGAGAACAGUGUCAAGGAUAAUGAGAGAGUCAUUGUUAAGGGCAAUGAUGGGCAAGAUAUAGACAAGGACGAAGGCAUCACCAAUACCAAUGGAGAAAUGUUCAGCUGGUUGAACAAGGUGCCGGAAGUGAAACACGAAGCCUUCGACAAUGUCAUAGACGGCCUGAAGAGUAUCUACAAGAACAAGAUGCUUCCCUUGGAGCAGCACUACCUGUUCCAUGAGUUCCACUCGCCUCCUUUAAACGACGCCGAUUUCGAUGCGAAGCCGCUGAUAUUGCUGGUGGGUCAGUAUUCGACUGGGAAGACCACGUUCAUCAGGUAUUUGCUGGAAAGAGACUUUCCUGGGAUGCGAAUUGGACCCGAGCCGACUACAGACAGGUUCAUAGCGGUGAUGUAUAACGAAACAGAAGGUAUUAUACCUGGUAACGCCUUGGUGGUCGAUGCAAAGAAGCAAUUUCGACCGCUGUCUUGCUUCGGAAAUGCCUUCCUGAACAGAUUCCAAUGCUCCUUGGUGAAAUCUACUGUACUUAGAGGCAUGUCUAUUAUUGAUACACCAGGCAUUUUGUCAGGUGAGAAACAAAGAAUAGACAGAGGAUACGACUUCACAGGAGUUCUAGAAUGGUUUGGGGAACGAGUAGAUCGUAUUAUACUCCUUUUUGACGCACACAAGCUCGACAUAUCAGACGAAUUCAGACGAUCCAUAGAAGCCUUAAGGGGUCACGACGACAAAAUCAGGAUAGUUCUGAAUAAAGCAGAUAUGAUUGACCAUCAACAGUUGAUGCGGGUGUAUGGAGCCCUAAUGUGGUCCUUAGGCAAAGUACUUCAAACUCCUGAAGUUGUCAGAGUUUAUAUUGGGUCGUUUUGGGACGAGCCUCUGAGGUUCGAUAUCAACCGACGACUAUUCGAGGACGAAACGCAAGACUUAUUCAAAGACCUUCAAAGUUUACCUAAGAAUUCUGCGUUACGCAAGUUGAACGAUCUUAUAAAACGCGCCAGACUGGCAAAAGUGCACGCGUACAUCAUUUCAGAGAUCAAAAAAGAUAUGCCCAUGUUCAAUAAAGAGAGCAAGAAAAAAGAGAUCAUAAAGAAUUUGGGACAGCUUUAUGAGAAGUUACAGAAAGAACAUUCUAUAUCGAUGGGAGACUUUCCGGAAUUGACGAAGAUGCAAGAAGCGUUGAGCAGGCACGACUUCACUAAGUUUCAUUCGAUCAAACCAAAGCUUUUCGAGGUAGUAGAUGAAAUGCUGACGAACGACAUAUCUCAGUUGAUGGCCAUGGUUCCUCACGAUUGCAAUCCCCUGCUUGAACAGCCAGUCAGUGGCGGAGCAUUUGAAAACGUCGGCGUUUUCUAGGUGACGAUAGUAGAAUUCCUAGUAAAAAACUAUAAUGUUUAUAGUGGACAAAGUGACUCCUUUUGGCUACAAGAGCGGUGAAGGAGUGAACGCAGGCUACGGAGAACCGGAUUGGAUCGUAAACAAAGAACGCGACGAAUUUGAUGAGCUUUUCGAAUCAUUGAACCCAAUCGACGGCAAAUUAUCCGGAUCUGUGGUCAAAGAGGAGCUGGUCAAGACCAAGCUGCCCAAUGCCGUGUUAGGGAAGAUCUGGAAGCUCUCGGACGUGGAUAAGGAUGGAUAUCUGGAUAAGGACGAGUUUGCCCUUGCCAUGCAUCUGAUUAACGUCAAACUGCAGGGCAAUGAGAUACCGGUUGAGCUGCCCGCACAUUUAGUGCCUCCGAAGAAGAAGGAAAAAGUGUAUACAGUAACGUGAUGAAAUAAAUUUAGUCUAUACAUAUUUUUGAAUGAUUCAUGACUAUGUGCUGAUAGAUGAAGUAUAUCUCGAAAGGUAAGUAUUGUGGGAAAAGUUUUCCACACAGAUACUGAGGCAACAAUCGUAAGUGUAAAAGUAAGAUCAAGGACGAUCUUUCAAGGAUUUGGCUAAUUUCAAAAGUUGCCUUUUUAGUGCGAUUGAUCUUUUUUCUUUACAAAAAUAAUAAAGAGCGUGAGACUUUA